AUGUCUCACGCACGAGUCGAAGAAGUCUCGGACUCGGAUCCAGACGACAUGGACCCGUCGGAUUUCGACCCAGCCAAAGACUCGAUCAUAUACCACAAGGACAUGGAGGGCCCCUCCGCCAGCACGAGCAAUAGCAGUAGCACCAUUCCCCUUCGUCCCGCAGCUCACCCCGCCGCCGCUUCCUCGGCAUCCCCCUCUCCGCCUCUCUUCCCUGGGGCCCAACAGAUGCGCCGUCCCGCCAUCGCCCAGGGCCGUGACAUCCCUCGCUCAUACCAGUGUCUGUACGCCGUCUACUUUGACAAGUCACGAACUCGCGCGGAGGGUAGGAGAGUCAGUCGGAAGCUGGCUGUAGAGAGUCCGCUGGCAAAGGACAUCUUAGACGCCACGCAGCUGCUUGGCCUGAACGUUGGAUUUGAACCUGAUAAGCUGCACCCUAAGGACUGGUCGAACCCCGGGCGGGUGCGCGUUAUGUUGAAAGACGAGGAAGGACGGCCUGCGCAUUCCAGUAUAAAAAAUAAACACCAUUUAUACACACAUGUUGCGCAGUAUCUGCAAUCCCACCCAACUACAGAACAGUCUCCCUUCCGGCUGCGGCUGCAGGGUAUGCCUGUGCCGGAUAAGCCACCAGGCCCGCCUGCCACGCCACGAGGAUGGAAAAUCAGCAAGGUCUUACCAUUGCAUUCUCCUGCUCUGACUGGCGGCGGAGUAAGUGAUAACCCAUUUAAGGAGGCCAUGAAGGAGAUGCAGGCACAGCAAGGCCUACCUGGAAUGCCUGGAAUGCCUGGAAUGCCUGGUAUGCCGGGAAUGUCAGGGCCCGGCAGCGCAGCACCAGAACCCAAGAAGAAGAAGGACAAGAAGAAGGGAAAGGCAUAG